CAGCCAUUCUGAACGAUUCCACCCCCCCACCGAGAUAGUCACCUUAGUGCCCACUGUGUUUUGACCGCUACAACUGCUCUCGGCCUCCGUUCCUUAAAUUUAUCGACUUAAUUUCCCGGCGGUUUCAUACCAGUUUUAAACCCCAGAGGCCUUUCUUCCCGUUCCCCUUUCUGGGUCGCUUUGCGUCUCUUGGAAUCAACCUACGUUUCUGGUGUGACCUUCAUUGUCGGUGAACAUGUCUGCGACACCUCGCAAGCCCAGUACUUCGGGCAAUUCCACCAGAUCCUCCACUGCAGAAAACCAUACGGUCAACGGCACUUCAUCGCGCACGCACACCCGGUCCCCCAGUGCAUCGACAAAUGGCGUCUCUCGCUCCCCCUCCCUUCGUGCUUCGACUCCGGUCUCUGCGCGUGCUGCGGCUCGGAAACCUGGUCGCUCCAAUCUAAGCACCUCGAGUGCUCCGAAAGUCACUCCCAGCCCGUCCGAUGAAGAGGCCCGGGCUCAGAAUGCAGCACUCAUUGAUGACCUCAAGGAGCAGUUGCAGAAAGCCGAAACGGCCUCGGAACAAUACCGCAAGCAGUUGGGUGUCCUUCAGAUGCGGCUUGACGAGGCGGUCAGCGAGCAAGGCAAGUUGGAGGACCAGAGCCAUGAGAGAGAUAGCAAGAUUGAGGCCCUGAACGGCGAGAUCCGUGAACAUGUUCGCCAGAUUCGCGACUUGGAGCAGGCACAUGACCUGGAGCGCAAUGCAAUGUUACAGGAGAAGGAACAACAGGCUAGUCGAGAAGAGGAGAUGCAGGCCACCAUCCAGCGCCUGAAGGAGUCGCUGGCCCAAAAGGAGCGGGCCAAUGCCGCUGACGCGGAUAAAAGUGUGUCUCGCUCUUCCAGUUUCCGCAACCGAGGGUCGCCGGACGUUGAUGGACAAUUCGCGCCUUCUUCCCAGAUCGAGCGAAGCCCUUCACGGAAUAACUCGAAGCUUCUGCUGCAGAAGGAUAAGUUGAUUGAAUCUCUCCGACUCGAGCUGGCCGAGUCCCAGAUCAAACUCGUCGAAAUGGAGAACAAGGGUGGUGGCAGACAGCGGGAGUUGGAGAAGGAGCUUCUGGAAGCCCGCAUGGCCAACGCCCGCUUGAUGGAGGACAACGAAAGCUACCAAUUGCUUCUCAGUGAGAGGACCCUGAACGGUGACUUCACCAAGGGUGACUUCAUGCAACAAGCCCAUCCAGACACCGCGGAAGACGUCAAGGAGCCAAGCAGCGGCUUGGGCUCCUUGGCCGAUGAGCUUGAAUCUGUCGAUGCUAGAGCAGAGACUGAUAACAACCGCAAGCUUGAGACGGAGAUCAAGGCACUCAAAGACCAGAACAAGGCUCUCACGCUUUACAUUGAGCGCAUCAUUAGCCGACUCCUGCAGCACGAUGGUUUCGAAACCAUCCUUGACAAGAACGAGAAUGAUCCCCCGUCCAAGCCGAUGCCUGCGCACAGCAACAAAGAGCUUCCGCCGACUCCUCCUGAGAAGGAUGAUGCUCAGUCUUUCCUCCAGAGAGCCAAGUCGGCCGUUCACGCUCCGAACAAUCGGCCUCUCACCCAGCCCCGGUCACGCCCCACCAGUUAUAUGCCCCCACCGACCAGUAUGCCUACCGCUCAUGAAAACCCAGAGACGGCUCCCAGCAUUCCCCUUCGUGCUCAAUCGAUUCGGGGUCAUCGUCGCACGCGGUCGGAACAGACGGACGUCGGAGCUGCAACUGUCGUUGGUCAGAUGUACCGGGGACGCAACUCGGGUGGUCCGAUCAGUCCUACCCUCAUGGGUCCUGGAUCUCGCCAAAGCGCAUUCUCUGGGGCAAGCAUCAUGUCGAGCAUGAGUGCCGGUGGUCGUGCUCCGUCUCUGUCCAGCCAGCCGGAGCACAGCCGUUUAAGUAGCUCGGAUAGUAUUACGAGUGACCCUGCUGGUGACACGGCAUCUACAGGUGCAACCUCAAGCUCCCCGCGUUCGAGCACUGGCAUGACCAACUAUACCGGGGCAGUGAUGACCCAGAACAAGCUGCGCCCUCUGCGACUUGUCAGCGAGACCAAAUUGGCCGAGGAAGAGGAAGCUGCACGCAAGAAGGCUAACCGAGGAAGCUGGAUCUCGUGGUUCAACCGUCCCAACACCGGCGACGCCACCCAGCCUUCGACCUGAGCGCAUUAGGCUCAUGGAAAGUGCGGGGUAGAUUUCCCGCCUGCAGCUAGGGGGACUCCUGCUCUUUGUGUUAUUCACCGUUAAUCUGCAUGAUCUUCUCGGGCCUUGAUGGCGGGUUCUUGA